CAUUGACGUUUGUUUGUGAUCAUAUUGUCAAAAAGAUGUCUUUGUUUUGAUAGGAACAUAUUUAUUAUUUCGAAUCUAUUCAAUCAUUUUAUCGAAAAAUUAAGUUUUAAAAAAGGUUCAAGCAUCUGAAAACAAAACGGCAUAAGUAAAAGCACUUGCAGUUCUCUCAUCAAAAUGGAACAGGAAAACAAUAACAAUUAUGAUGAAAUACUUGACCAAGUAGAGUUAUUAAAACUCCGUCAAGGGAUUGUUUUUGAAUUCAUUUUGGGCCGGUUAAAGGAUGAAUCAAUCCGAAACGAACUUUCAACUGGAUCGAAUGGCAACUGUAAACUUGAAGAAAAUGAUUUCCAUCUCUUGGAUUCGUUUUACGCCAAGUCUAUCCCGGAACACGGUCGACCUUGGGUAAAAAGUAAAAGAGAAGUGAUGAUGUCAUUACUUGUCGAUGGCUCGCCAGAAAUAUUCGACGGAAAUUUCACCUAUGGCGACAUGAAAACUGUCCUGGAAAAAAUUCAAAAAUCGCCACUAUUCGAAGACCUAGAUUCAGUGCUUCAGCCAAAAUAUCAAGGAAUUCCAGCCAAGGUUGCUGAACGCAUCAGAUUAAGGUCCAUUCCGAAAAUUCCCUUGCCAACCGUAUCAGCAACUGACACCAGUCAGACCGUAUCAGCCAAUAAUGAUUGGCUUCAUGAGCCAAUGUUGCCGGAUGGAACGCCCAAGCCUGCCUUCCGUGAAGCUAUGAGGAAGAUGAAUAAAGAAGCUGAUGAAAGGAUCAAAAGGAAUAAUCCCAAAAAACGUACUCUCGAAGAACGUUUUGAAUCAAUGGUUGAACGUAGAAUCGAGCGGUUUUUUAUGCGAAAUGCCGAAGAAAAACGAUUGGCAAAAAAGCAAAAGUUUGAAUAGAAAACGUGGUUUAUAAGCGAUAUUCAAAUAAAACCACAUCAUCAUAACAUUAAUACUACGUACGCACUUAAACAAAAAUAAAAAAAACAGAGAAAAUUUCAUGAGUAUGAUUAAGAAAAUUCAUUCGUUUCGUUAAAAAAAAUCGCGAGCAAAAUCGAUGUUAAUUAUUUUCUGAGAACAAAACAUUACGCGAGAGGCUUUUUUAUAUCACGAUUUUACACGAAUAUUUAUUUUUUCUUCUUUCUAUCAAUUUUUUUGGUGGAAAAUCGUUAUAAUUUGUAUCGAGAACAUAAGGAAGAGAUAUACAUUUGGGAGCAAAAGAGAAAUAAAAAAUUAUUUGAGAGUAAAUGUGAGAAUUGGUUUUUAUCCCGCGUUGGAUACUUCCGCCCAAAUGUCUGAUAGUAAUUUUUUGACGUAAUCAAGAAUACAUUUUGUUUAACGUUCAUUCGUGUUGAUUUGAUUCUAUUGUUGGUGGGCGGUUUUAUUCAAGGCUUUCUUGUUUUGCCAUAGUACCUUGUAGCAAGCAUUUGUAGAACCAAUGAUUUCGUAGCGAAUCUUUUGUUAAUUAAUCAAUUUGGCUCACAUCUAAGCGGUUUCGUUUUACAGAUGAAUGUUGUUAAAUCACCAUUGAAGGGGUUUUUUGGGUGAGUCAUUUGCGUUUUGUUCAUUGCACAAAGAUCAUUGUGCAAUGAGUAUUGAGCGGACUAAAACUGAAGUGAUAAAAAAUCGCGUGAAAAUAUCGCACGAUAGCAGCUGCUAGGCUAGGGUGUUACUAAAAUCAUAUUUUUUGUACACAUUAAUUAGAAGAAUAAAAAAACAGAUGUUUACGAAGAGUUGUUAGUUAAAUUUAAUUAUUAUUUAAUUUAAUUUUUUAAUAUAUUUCAUGUUGAAAUGUUUGAUAAAAAAAAAUACAAACUGUAUAUCAAAGUUUUUACAUUGAAUAAUAUGAAUAGAAAAAAAAAGAUUUGAAUUAUACUUUUCGUCAUUAUAAAAAAGAUUAUUUUCAUUUUUCAAUCGAUUUGUAUGUUUAAAAUAUAAGUAAGUUAUUUUGAGAGAGAAUUUUUAUGUCAAAUUGAAUGAAAUCGUUUGAUUAAAUGCAUAGAUUUGCUUAAAACUUCACUUGAAAAUAUAUUUACUAAAUUUUCAACUGGAUAUUCAAAUAGCAAUGUACAAAAAAUUAAGAAACAUAUGAACAAACCAUUAAAAUUGUAAGUUUUAUGUAUACGUAUAUUUUUAUUACAUGACAUUGAACAAACAAUCUUAUGGAUUUUCAAAUGAAAUUUAUUUAAAUUCCGAAGAAAAAGUUUUUAUCUGAUUACAUUUCGUUUUUAAUUAUCAGCAAUCAAAACUAGGUGAACUUGAACGAAUUUAUUGAACUCAUACGUUGCUGUCGCAAUAGCGAACGCGUGUGUUCCUUACAAAUCAUAUACUCUUGAAUCGAUUUUAGCUGUGCAACUGAGUGGAUAGAUAGAUGAAUGGGCGGAAGAAUGAAUAUAAAAAAGAAUAGAAAAGAAUGUAUAUGAUUGUUUGUUUAUGUUUGAUUUGAUGUUAAACUUAAUGAAAAUAGUUCGAUUUCAUGAAAAUAAUACGAUUUUAGGUUCGAUUACAUGCAAAUGGUUCGAUUACAUGCAAAUGGUUCGAUUUCAUGAAAAUAAUUUGAUUUUUUUGGGUCGAAUUCAUGCAAAUAGUUCGAUUUGAGGCUCGAUUAUAUUUAAAUAUCAAACAUCUAGUGAUACGAGUUAAUACAAGUUGAACAUUCAAGCAGUAAAGUUAUCUUUAUAGCUACAUCAUGCGUUUGAAUGCAAUGCAAAAGGAUGAAAUUUUAGCUAAAUUGAACAGUGGAGUGACUAGCUAUAUUUUAAGCUGUUAAAUGUAUGUAUCAUUUUAUUGUAUUUUUAAUUGGAUUAUUAUUGAAAGAUGGAAAAAAAGAAAAUUAACAAACGAAAAAAAAAACGAAUUGCUUGAAGUGUUAACUUAUUAGUUUGAGUGUUGCAAUUGCAUUGUUUGUUUCAAUAUAAAUAUAGUACAAUAAGCUAUCAUCAGAACAUAAACAUAAAACAUUUUCUUUUCAUCAAAAAUAUAAAAGUUUUACAUAUUAUCAGUGGCAUAUCAUAGUGCAAAAGCUAUGAACCAAGUUCAUCGAACACAGUUCAAGAUCACAAAAUAGGUUGGUUUCUGUUCACUUACAUAGCUAAUUAUAUGAAAAAGAGGCAGAGAAAAAAUCAACGACAUGCACAGACAUGAUUUUAACAUAUCACUUUUGCUUCAUUUAUGAGAAUGGUUUUUUAUUUCACAGUCGAUCACACACAUAUGACUUUAAAAAAAAUACAAUUGCCUUUUUUAUUGCACAAUUUCAUUCUUUAUUACGCAAUGUAGUUUGGUGUACAUCUACCAUAUAACAAUAAGUUAGGUGGACAACAUUUUUCACCUCAUUUCAGCGGUUUGUCUUAUUCGUUGCAAAGAGAAGGUAAAGGAAGAGAGAAUAAAAAAAUAUACAUAAAAAGUAUUAAAAUUACGUUUCUAAUUAUACUCGUACAUUUGCUCUAUGUUUCACCACUGAAAAUAGUUCGAUUUGAGGUUCGAUUUCAUGCAAAUAGUUCGAUUUGAGGUUCGAUUUCAUGCAAAUAGUUCGAUUUUAGGUUCGAUUUCAUGAAAAUAGUUCGAUUUGAGGUUCGAUUUUAUUUAAAUAACAAACAUCUAGUGAUACAACUUAGUUCAAGUUGAACAUUCAAGCAGUAAAGUUAUCUUUAGAGCUACAUCAUGCGUUUGAAUACAGUGCAAAAGGCUGAAAUUUUAGCUAAAUUGAAUGAUGGUGUGAAUGGUAAUCGUUUAGCAAAAGAAUAUGGCGUUGCUAAAUCUACGAUUUCAUUAUUAAAAAAACGUAAAUAUGAUGAAAUGCUGCAGCCCAGCAAAAGAUGUGGAACUUUUAAUCAACCAUCGAGUGCGAGCGUGAGUGAUAAUGAAUCAAAUCGAUCAAACAAUACAUCUAAUGAGGACGAAGUUGAUGAUGAAGUCGAUGAUAAUUUUGAUAGUGAUGAGAGAGUUGAGAAAAAAUCGCAUACCUUGCCAAUUUUCCGUCAACUCAAACUGUAUAAACCAUCGACUGAAAUGGAUGAGAAUGAACAUGAUGAUUAUGAUACUAAUGACGAAUAUGAUGAUGAUGAGGAGGAGGAAGACGAGAGCGAGGAAGAUGAAGAAGAUGUCAAUGAAAUAUGUAGAAAAUUGCGGCGUGUAUGCGACAAUUUGUAUGUUCCGACUCAAUCAUUGAGUGAAAUGUUGAAAUUAAUUUCUAAAUUACGGAGCGGUGGCUACAUUGAGGAAUCGUUAUAAGAAUAAAGUAUAUAUUGAAAAUUGUAACAUACCAUGAAAACAGAUAAAUAAAACAAACACGGUAUUUUUUUGACAAAAAACAAA